AUGUCAUAUUAUUAUGGAUACCCUUACGAUGGCGGAUAUACGAUUUAUACUCAAGGACCUCCUCCACCACCUCAAGGCUUUCCCGUCCCACCACCUUACUAUCCUCAUCAACCUUAUCCAAUGAGCCAGUUUGUCCCGACACCGACAGAUUCAACUUCAGAAGCAAAUUCUGAAUGUUCAAGUUCAAGCAACGGCGGUCUGCUGUGUACAAAGAAGCUGACGGAGAGCGUGCGUAAACUUUGCGAGGCGACUUUUUCGAACGCCGGCUUAUCCAGGGAACCAUACCUUGUCAAACAAAUUGCAAGAACGACAGCUGGCUACAUCUCGAUCAAGCUUAUCGCAAGCCUAAAGAAAAUAAGAAAGAUAACUAGGUCACUUCAGAUCUUGAUCAAUGCUCUGCGAGAAAGCGAAAUUUUCGAAGUUUCUGAAUGCUCCACCAAGGUGCGUCGAAAAGAACCGCUUCCGGAAACGCUGAAAGCAAAAAGAUCGAUCACGAGUGUGCUGGCCAUCAAUGUGGCGGAAGAAGACGCCGAAAUAGAACGACUCUCGUCGCUGUUCAAAGAGUUUGGGAGAAUUCAGCAAAUGCGAAUCGUCCCGCCCGAUCGAAAAUUGCCAGUUUACCUUCACGGAUACGCGACACAAGUUCCAGAACUCGGGAAAGAAAUCUGCGCGAUUGUAGAAUUUGAAAACGAAGAAUCAGCGAAAAACGCGGUCGCUGGAUUUUCAGAAAAUGACCUUUCCCAGAUGCGAGUGGCGUUACUUGGUCCCAAGCUCAGGCGCAAUUUGUACCACGUUAACCAUGACAGGCGCUCUGGGACCUCAUCCUGCCAGUCGUCGAUCAUCUCCUCCCUCGAUACGUCGCUAGAAGAGUGCCACAUCACCGACACGAUUGGCACCGACACCGACUCGGGCAUCUUCUCGCCCCGCUCAAAAGCUGCAAAUCAAGAGCAAUCCACUUCUUCCAAAAAUUUAACGCCCAGUAAAAAGGUAGAAACUGAAGAAAAUUCAGAAGAUUAG